GAAGCUUUCGUGCUCACAAGGAGUUCAACACCAAACCGUUAUCCAAACUUUCAAAAGUACCUCCUUCUUUAGAAGUCUACCACAAUCUCAGUUUCGGUUUCUUAAACCUGUCGCCGCAUCACGAUGAAGCAGAAAGUUGCGGACAGUGAGAAAUCAGUGGAUCCCGUUUUUCGAAUAACUUCUGGACCGACCAGCUUGGAAAAAGAUGAAUCGGAUAGUUCUCUGGAUGCUAAAGAAGAAUGCUUCUCGUUGGCCGACGAAGAUGCCGAGGAAACUAACUGGCGACUGAUCUACAUCACUGCGGUUGUUUCUUUCCUGGGCGCAAUUGAAGGAACUGCUGUUCAUAUGAGCGAAUGGCCAUACAUGAGAGAAAUCGACCCUGAUGCCACUGUGAAAUUUUUUGGAAUUGCCAGUUCAGCUUCAAAAGCGGCUCAUGCUCUUUUUGUUUUGAUUUUUGCAGUUUGGAGUUUCAAGUAUAAAACUGUAAAAUGGCCCCUUAUUGCGGGACGAAUCAUUGCAAUGGUUGCAUGCUUUAUUUAUCUAUGCAUCGAAUAUUUACCAACUGGAAGACGAUACCUAAUGAUGUUCUGCUACAUUCUUUUUGAUAUCUCAGGCAGUUCUCCUUCCAUUCUCCGAGCCUAUAUCGCAGCUGUCUCUAUGCCAAAGGACAGAUCAAAGGCGUUUGCAGCAAUGUCUCUUUCUAUGACCCUGUCCAUUAUCUGUGGUCCAUUAAUUCAAAUGGCCUUCACAACAAUCCCAUACCCUGGAUUCACUAUCAUCCCUCAUGUGAAAUUCCACGUUUAUUCCGCACCAAUUUGGAUUGCAAACUCUACCAAUUUCAUCUCAAUUGCAAUAAUUGUUUUUGGAAUGAAGGAACUCCCAAGAAAACCAAAAACCAAGAAGCCAAAGAAGCCAUCGAUUUUUGAGCUGGAAGGAUUGAAGAUGAGAAUCCAGAAGAUCAAAAAAGCAAAUAUUGAUUGGAUUUUAGUUUUCGUUGUGUGGAUUGCCAAAUGCGGAAAGACUAUGACCGCAAGAUCCAUCGGAACACUUCUACCGAUUCUCAUGAUGGUCCAAUACGGAUGGACUGGAAUCGAGACCGUCAGAAUCACCUCCUUCCUGAUGGGCGGUUCAGGACUUCUGUCAAUGUUUGUAAUUGGAAGCUUCAUGUUUUGCAAGCUCGGAACCAUAGUUCAACCACGCUUCAUUUACCUGUUCUCUAUCUCGCUGUUCACGAUGCUCUACAUUGUGACCUACCCGUAUAAAUCUAUUGGAGUGGAAGUUGCAAUGUACAACGCCACAGAUAAUACCGGUUGUGAUCCGGACAAGUACUCGUGGUGUGAGGGAGGAAUUGCUCCACAACCAAUCUUGUUCCUAUGUUGUAUGGUAUUUGUAUUCGGAAUGACCAUGCCAUCAUCAGCUAUUUCUCUGGAUACAAUUUACUCAAAGAUUUUGGGAAAUAUAGACCAGAGCGUCAUGCAAGGAGCUGCUGUUAUCUUGGACGACAUCAUGAUGGUCAUCACACCGACCUACGCAUCAUACAUCUACACGCUUCUUGGUCUGCAACCUCUUUGGAUAAUGAAUGGAUGCAUAAUGUCUUGUGUGGUUGGCUUGUGGAUCGUUAUGCUUCAGAAGUUCAAGGAUUACUCGUAGAAACUUGGAUAAAUCAACGAACAACGGGUUAUCAACACUCGCAUAUCUUUGUAUGAACUGUAUUUAUUAUCAAAAACAUUGGGGAUUUUAACACCAAUAUACUGAUAUUUUGGAGAGUGAUUUAUUUUUAAAAUUUAAAAUGAUAUGUACAACAAUGUCUGAAAUUCCAAAAAAUUGUAAUCAGCGUGAUGUCUUACAGAAAAAAAAAAUUAAAUUUAAAGGCAAUAAAAUACAAAGACAAAAACAGCUA